UAUUGAAAUGCAGUGUGAGCAGAGACAAGCUAAACCAAUGGAAGUAUCCCGGUAGCCUGCUGUAAAUCUUCACAUUUAUUACCAACUCAUGAUUUAUUUAUGACACACCGCCUUCAGAAAGAAGCUUAACUACCAAUAAAGGAAACCGGGUGGGAAAAAUGUCAGAGAGCAGCUAGCUUAGCUCGCUAACGUGACUGCAAAGGGAUGGUAGUUAGCUAGCUUGCUAGCUGGCUAGCUGCGGCUACUACUUGGUUUGAGCACCGCAAUCAUGAGCGAAGAAGACAAUUCAGCAUCAGCAAAUAAAGACAAAGACUCGACUCUCCUGCUAACUAAAGACGGACAGAGGUACUACGUGAGUAAAGGCGGAGUUGUCGACAGCAGAAAUGUGAUAACGCCGCACGAACCGGAGAACAACGUCUCCUCCUACGAAAUGGACGAUCCGGACGAGGAGAGCGACGUGCUGGACACUUCGGAUCCCAGAGACAGCGCCGCCAGCCCGGAGGAGCUCAACGACGAGGAGACGUCUGAGGGAGACAACGCCCCCAAACAGUGCACCUACGAGGGAUGCACGGAGACCACGACGCAGGUGGCCAAGCAGAGGAAGCCGUGGAUGUGCAAAAAACACCGCAACAAGAUGUAUAAGGACAAGUACAAGAAGAAGAAGAGCGAUCAGGCCAUGUCCAGUGGAAAACUUGACGAAAACUCUGAGGAACGGCCAGUGUCUGUGAACAAACAGCGUCUGGGUGCCAUGGGAGACCGUCCUGCCAGACCGUCUCUGAUAGAGCAGGUCCUCAACCAGAAAAGACUGUCACUGCUCAGGAGUCCAGAGGUGAUCAGCUUCCUGCAGCAGCAGCAGCAGCUUCUGGCCACGCAGAGCCGCAGCCAAUCACAGCAGCAGUUCCAGGGCUGCUGACACUGGCGGGACGACCUUUGACAUCCGUAUUUGUAAUGCAAAGAGAGCGCUGAAGAAACGCACAGUCUGGCGCCCGAUGCACGAAUGGAUAAUAAGCGCAUACUGUAAGCAUGAAUUUCUCCAGUUGGAGAGCCGUGAACGCAAAAGAAGAAUAAUGUCAUCAAAUAGGCGUCAUGAGACUGAUGGACUAAACUGAGUUAGCGUAUAUAAAUCCAUCUAAAAGUGUGAUUGUUUUUUUUUUUUUUAAAGUAGCACGCGAACCAUGUAAUUACACCAUGAGUGGUGCUGUUUGGGGAGUAUAUUUUUCUAAAUACAAGCCAACAUUUCUUUUCACCUAUCGUAAAUGUACAUUUCAGUUGUGGAGCCCUGUUCUUUAUGUUAGUUAUCUAUCCUCAUGUGGCGAUAAUAACGAAGGCCUUGGUUCAGAAUUGUCCAGUCAAAGUUGUCUGAUUUAGUUUUAACCCAAAUAACUCUGAGCUCAGUUUGAUCAGAUCUUCACCAUUGCUGAAAAAAAAACAUGAAUUUCUGUGUGUUUGAGUGUCUCUUAUAGGCUACUUUUAAAGCCGUUACCCCUUCAUGAAUUACUGAACUUUGUUAGUAAUGUUUUCUCUUUAAGUGUUGUUACAUGUGACAAUCAACUUUGUAAUGCAUGUCUUUUCAGCUAAGUGGAGCUUUUAGGACUUGUUUUCCCCCCACAUGGUUUUGUAUAUCUGUUGCACAAACAGUAAAUCAUGACUGAAAACAUAAAACGCAACACAAAUGAAAUUUUGUUUCAUUGCUCAUGCCAGCUCUGUUUACUUUGUAUUUAAGUUUAAGCGCGUGUCCCCUACUGUGAAUAUGAGAUUAAAAAUAUAAGGCUACCA